AUGCCACACUCAAAACCCCAACUGAAACACUUCGCGCGCCAAAUGCGAAACGACCCCACCGACGCCGAGCACACCCUCUGGCAACACCUCCGAACCAGAAGACUAGACGGCCACCGCUUCGUCCGACAAUACGUCAUCGAAACCGCAAUCGUAGACUUCGCCUGCCCCAGCCACAAACUAGCAAUCGAACUAGACGGCGGCCAACACGACCAACGAAGAACCCAAGACCAACUCCGCACCCAACGCCUAAACCAACACGGCUACCGAGUCAUCCGCUUCUGGAACAACGAAGUCAUCAACAACAUCGAAGGCGUCCUACAAACCAUCCAACAAUCCCGCGCUAAACAACAACCAACAAACGAUGCUGCUGACUUUGGUCACGCAAUACGCCUUCUCGAUCAAAGCGAAACAGGGGCGAGCGAGCAAGCGAAGCGAGCGGUGGUAUGCCCGCGGCGCCGGGAUAUGGUCGCUCCGCAGCCGUCGCGACAGGCUUCCUCACGCCUCCGCACUCGAACGCCAAUUCGAAAUCAUCGGCGCGAAGCGACAGCGGCCGUAAGUCGGCGAAAGCAGCGCUUCAGCGGACGGAACGUCCUGCCAGUGAGGGGAAGAGGCAACGGAGAAACGCGCGCGAACUGCGCCAGAAUCCAUCAUAGGCGCGGGUUACGCAAAUGCACUUUCGCAAAGCGAAAGGGGCGCGAGCAAGCGAGCGAUGCGAGCGGGGUAUGCACGGGGUGGGGCCGGGACGUCGCUCGCAGCCGUCGACAGCUUCCCUCACCCCCUCCGCACUCGAACGCCAAUUCGAAAUCAUCGGCGAAGCCACCAGCGACCGUCAUUCCGGUGAAAGCCAGCGCUUCAGCGGACGGAACGUCCAUCUAG